AUGAGCAACACAGGCAACACAGGCAACACGGGCAACAAGAUCGGCGACACCAUCAAAGGCGUUCUCAACGCCGGGCAUGGUGCGGGCGAGACGAUCCGGGGAACGAUCAACCAGACGCUCGACUCUGCCGGCGAAGGGCUUCGUCAGGGUAGCAGCGACACGCACACUGCGCGCGACGCACCCACCGACGGCAAGAGCGCCGACUACGCCGGCAACCACUCGCAGCGCGACGUCACCCAGAACGGCGCCGACGAACUCAAGCGAGGCAUCGACAGCAUCGCCGGCGCCUUUGGCAAGGACAAACCCCACUCGUCAGCCUAG